AUGGAUUCUACCCUCCAAAAGUCCACUAUAUUCAUCCAAGCCUCUUUGGCGCGGGUUCCAGAUUGGGGACGAAUCGAUAGCCCGGCGGGAGCCUAUCAUCAGCCUUCAAUAGAUCCGUCAAUUGGUGGCCAGUCAUUGUAUCCUUUCUCACCUGCUUGGACCAACGCCCCAUACCUCGCAAGCGCCGAUGGAGGGCAUCGCCCGACUUUGCCGUCAGGAUCAGGCACCCCAUACUCCGCAGCCACCAAUAGAUUUCCAGAGGAGCAUCGCCGGACUUUGCCGUCGGGAUCAGAAUCGCAUCUUCCUUCUUCGUCAAAUUUUCAGUUUGGCUCAAGCAGCAGGCAUUCAGAUGCGUCCUCCAUCUCGUGGCCAUCUUAUUUUAAAGACUAUCUUGUCCCAAAAGGCUCUCAAGUCUUGGGACAACAGCUGGCAAGACCCGUUAGCGGUCUGGAAUAUUGUGUGGACCGCGACAGUGCCCGGAAGACGUCGUCAGCUUUCCCCAUGGGGCGCGACACCACACAUCUUGGUGAUGCCGACCACCUCGUUUCACAGCUUCUGGGAGAUAAUGCCAAUCUCAAUGAACAAAACGAUCCCACAGAACCUGCUCCAACGACCGAUGACGACUUGUGGUCACAGCUGCUAGAAGGUUACCCUAAUUAUCCUGAAGGAAACGCACCCAACCAUCCUCUGGGCGUCGCAUCCAGCUCCCUGCAACCAGUCUUAAAAAAUGCGGAGAACCAUAUCCAGGCACGCUCUCCGAUUGAAGAUUUUACUUGGCCACCUUUCCUCCCGAGCCCCGCCAACGGGCACCAUGCUAAUAAGGACCACUUGAUGCCACUCCCGCUGGACGGAGAGGGUUACGCUAAUGUGGGCCACAUGAUAUCACAGUCACUACCCCUGUCGGGGGGUCACGCCAAUCGCCGUGAGGAAAACAGGCAAAAUUAUCAGCAUGGUGGUGCAUCCAACUCCCCUCAAUUUCAAAAUACCGAGAUCCACAUGCUGGCUCAUUCUCCGAUGACUGGUUUAGGUCCAGAAGUCUCAACGCCAAUCGACGCCGACGGAGAACAUGCUCAUAAGCGCGACUUGAAUAAGGACGACUUCAUUUCGCAAUUUUUCGUGGAUUAUGAUCACCUCCCCGAGGAAAACAAGAACACUGCUCACGAUCCCGCCAAUUCCAAAUCCCAGGAACCAGUUCUUCAGCCUGCUGAACGCCCCGAGGAAGCUCAUGCCCAAGUGAUCCAUUUAACCUCAAAACCUUCAAGCCCCAGUCGCAGCGACGAGGUUCACGGAAACCCCUCCAAUCGUGUUUUGGUGAAUUAUGAUAAUCACCAUACCGAAACCGAGAGGAACACCGCAACUGGGCAGGUGGUCCAACCAGUGGCCGAAGACAAACAGAAAGAAGAUGAUGACCCAGGUUUUUCAAUGGCCUUGCUCCAAGAUCUCGAAGAGCAAAUCAAGCUGACGUCUUAUCCUCAGAGCAGCAUGAGGCCAAAAUUCUUGGAACGGUUCAAAGAAAAAUUUCGUAUCGAGAUCCUAAGACACUUUAGAAGGCACAAGGUCGCAACACAUGAUCGUGUUCAAAUCAAUGAUUUCCCGGCUGUUAUCUAUUCACUCGUCCUUCGAAAGGGCCCACCGCAACCCUCGAUAAUUCGGGUGAUGGACCGAUCUUCUCCAGGAUUGGAGACCAAAGGUUCGGAGGAAAUGAUUGAAAUGUUCAACCAGUUAAUCACCUGGCUCAUCUUCAUCAACACGGCCAUGUUGAGGAGCUACACUAGCGGAGGGGCCGACCUGGAAGCCGAGAGAACUUCUCACGUCCUGCUGAUUGAUUGGCUUUGGGAAGAGGCGUUUCGACCGCCCGGAGACGGUUACCCUGUAAUGGGAGUGGUUCCAGAACCAAUGCUGCCACAAGACGGCCAGGCUUUAGAGAGCAGGGGUUUCGGGCGCCUUCAGGCUUCGCUUCUGAAGUACCUUAGCCAGGAGCCAUCGACAGAAAACUGCCUCAGAGCCUCCAUUUCAAUUUUCGAGGCUUGGCACACGCGUCUCAACAAAGAGUUGGGCAAACAUCUCCUGGAUGAUGGACCAAGUUUGAUCCCACUUAUCCAAACACUCGUGUUGGAGGCAACUGUCUCCCGAUGGCAGGCUGACAAUCUUUCGAGGCCGUAUCUCAACAAACCGGGGAUCCAAGUCGGCAAUUUCAUGGUUCCGAGCUGGAAUAAUUUGCCACAUCUACUCUUGCCAGCGAUUUUUACAUCUAAACCGGCCAGUCUGGGAAAAUAUGAAGGCCAGAUCCUGACAGCCUUCAAGAAACAAAAGCCCUUGUCUGCUUUCGAAUCCAGUGAAAGACUAGCCAUGACAGACCUUCCGGUUUUACUCGUCGAAGAACCAGGAAAUCAAAACGAACUAGAGCUGGCCACUCAUACAAGCCCAACAAGACAAUUCACAGUCAGAGUUGUGUACAAAAAUAAGAAGGAUAUUCGUAUGAAAACGUUGCGGUCAAAGAUGAAAUAUCUGUUCUUCCAUUUGCAAAUGUGCCACCGUCACUUACUCCAUCAUCUAAACCUAGGUCAAACCAAGCAAAUCAACAGUGCCCAGAACGCUUUGUCUAAGUGGCUUUCGAGGGUCAUACUCCAGCCGGAUGGUGCCACAUAUCCUCUUGUCGGAACACUUGAGACGAUGUCUGAAAGUCCAGCCGCGAUCUCUUCGGCGUCAAAUUUCAAUAUCGUUCAGAAGGAGCUGAUCCACUACAUCAGCACAAGGAAGUCGAGCUACAUGGUUUUUCGGCUCUCACUGACUCUCAUUGGUUAUUGGUACAAAAACUCCGACCGUGGCGGCGAUUAUUGGACCCGUUACUUCCAAACUGACGAGCUAUACUGGAAGACCAUGAUCCGCCUCCUGUGCAGCACCCCAGAGCUGAGGAGAACCCCUGUGAAAAUAUGA